UCAUUGGAAGAAACUUCAUGUAAAAAGUAUCGAAAGACAUUUCUUUUCGCGCAGUGUUUUGGUCAUCUGAAAGUGCAAAGAUGCCGAUGCGAGAUGAUGACCCAUAUUCCAACCCUUUGGCACCUAAAAGCCACAAUGAAGUUGAGGAUGAUUCAGGGAACCUCACAAAUGCUGACUUCAGAAAAUUGCUCAUGACACCAAGAAGUACACCACAUGUAGCACCGCCAUCAAGACCAAAAUUACCGAUACCCAAAGAAUUUGAUGAAAUUGAAGAUGCUGCGACCAGAAGAAGAAAGAAGAAAAACUAUUAUGCAAAAUUGAAAAAACAGGAAGAAGAAAGGGAAAAGGAGCUUGCAGAAAGAUAUAGAGAUAGAGCCAAAGAAAGGCGAGAUGGAUUGAAUCCAGAUUAUCAGCAUAUUGACCCUGCUUCAACAACAAAAACAGCUGAGUACAGAGCUGUCGCUCCAACUGCCGAUGCCACGAGUAAUGCAGCAGAGAGGAGGAGACUUGCAAUUCAGGAGAGUAAAUUCUUGGGAGGAGACAUGGAGCACACUCACUUGGUAAAGGGGCUUGACUUUGCCCUUUUACAGAAGGUACGCAGUGAACUUAGUGAACUCGAAGUCCCUGAAGAAGAAAAAAAGGAGGCAAAAGACAAAAAAGAGGCGCCUAAAGAUGAUAUAGAAUUUAUUUCACCUGCAGGCAAAAAAAUUUAUAACGCCGUGUUUAAUUCUCGUGUGCCAGAAAAGAAUGAGUUAUUCGUGUCUGGCAGAAUGGCCUAUUUGUUUGAGUUAGAUGAUGAGGAUCCAGAUAGUGACAUCCCAACCACUACUAUCAGAAGCAAAUCUGACUGCCCUGUGCUCGAGAAUCAAUCCACUGUGACAACAAAUGACAUUGUGAUAAACAAACUAACUCAGAUCUUGUCAUACUUGAGACAAGGAGUUCGAGCGAAUAAGAAGGGCAAAAAGAAAGACAAAGAUGGUAUAAAAGGUAAAAAGGGAGCCACAGAGGAAAGCAUCUACGGAGAUAUUGGAGAAUACGAACCUGUUCCUGGAAAUAAGAGUUCAGGCAAGAAGGAAAAGAAAUCGGGAAAAGCUGUAAAUUAUUUUCAAAAGUCGUCGAGUGAUCAUGCAAAGGGCGACAAACCUCCAGAACUGUCUGUUAAAGAACUUGUGCGAAACGUAUCGGAGAAAUAUGGAAAUAAGCCGAGCUCCAGCUGGACAGAAAAUCAAUCUGAAAGCAGAAGUGAAAAACCUUCGAAAUCAAAAUCAAGCAAAAAGAAAGAUGCACCCGACAGUUAUGCUGAAUGCUAUCCAGGUGCAUAUGAAAUGGAGGAUGCCGCUGGAGAUACUGACGAUGAGGCAGAUUACACCAAAAUGGACCUGGGCAACAAGAAAGGUCCGGUUGGCAGAUGGGAUUUCGACAACGAAGAGGAAUAUAACAAAUACAUGGAAUCGAGAGAGGCGUUACCGAAGGCUGCGUUUCAAUUUGGUAUAAAGAUGUCUGAUGGAAGGAAAACAAGAACAAAGGGUGGUCACAUGACUGAAAAGCAAAAACUUGAUAGAGAGUGGCAGCAGAUAAGUCAGAUAAUAUCAAAGAGAAAGAAUGCAGAUCCUGGGCGAAGUGAAGGCAAAAGAAGAAAAGAUGAAUAAAAGAGUUUGGAACUCACUAAAACCAACGGAACUCAAAGUAAAGAACAAUCAUGUAUUAGUGUUGGCUAUCAUAAAACUUUUCUGAUACUGCUUCAUUUACCAAAAAAUUAGCUUUGUUUUGAUAUUAACCAUUUUGGCUAGUCCUUAGAAAGCAGUCCUAGUAUAGAAGAUUGUAUAGCAAAUUGUGCCUCUGAAAUAACAACUUUGAUAACUUAUGUGAAA